AUGGCAGUAGCGAAGCGCGGUCUUUCCGGUCUUCAAAGGGAGGUUUUGGCACUCUAUCGACAAUGUAUUCGGGAAAUUCGGAAGAAGCCAGAGACUGCACGGCCUCACUUUCAAUCUUUCGCAAGGCAAGCUCGCACAUCAGCUUCCUCAUGUGCCGCUCAGCACCAUACUGACCAACACAUUAGGACAGAGUUUGAAAGGUAUAUUACGGUCGACAAGCGCGACUUCUCCGUUGUAGAGCACUUGUUGCGGAAGGGCCGCCGCCAGCUCGAGACCUACUCUUCACCGAGCAUCAAGGACAUCAGCCGGUAA